AUGGCCGGCGGUGCAAGUGGUGCGCCCGCCAUGAAUGGCACGAACAGCGACAACAAGAUCGUUGAGCUCGCGAUUGAUUUGCCGCGCAGCCCCGGAAUGCGGGUAAACAUCCACUUGACGGUACUGGCAGCCUCGAUCGUGCUCUUCUUGACCACUACGAGCGCUGAGCUGGGUUCUGCUCCAUCAGCAAUGGGCAGCUUUGUCUAUGCAAUGCCUGAUCGAUACAAUCCUGCUCAACCGAUGAGCACCACGCUCUAUAGUGCUCCCGCGUCUUUGGAUUUCACCGUGCGCAUGGCAAAAGUGCUUGUUCGCAAGCUGAACAGGCCUUGCUACGUAGGCAACAGUGUCAAUCUAUCUGGAGCAGCUGGAGGAGGUUCAGUGGAAGAGGAAAUGGAGGCUUUUCGCUACACAGUCGACACUGUGGUGAAUCAGGUCUCUGCCCAACACUCAUGGCAGUAUUCGUGCAAUCAGGUCAUCGGAAACGGUAGGACAGUAUGA